AUGGCUGCAGCAAGUCUUAUGCGAAGUGCUUUUAGUGGAUUAAUUCGGAAAUCCACCACAAUUAAAACUCCGGUCGUGUGCCGGCUGUCCACUGUGGCUUUGCAACAAAAAUAUCACACGGUGAAAACUAUCGCAAAGCUAUACAAUACUUCUGACUUACAGAAUGGGGUAUCACGUUCGCGUCAAUAUGCCACAGGGCCCGUGCGUAAGGUCACACCUCAGGACAUAGCAGACCGAGUGAUGAAAGUGUGCAAGGCUUACGACAAACUAACUAGUGUGCAGAAGCCGCAAUUCGUGCGCAACUACAGCCAUGGCCCUCCACUAACCAUUGAUAUUAUUAAAAGUAGAGUGCUUCUAGUUCUACAACUUUUUGAUAAAGUUAAUCCUGAGAAGCUUUCCUUGGAAUCACAUUUCAUUCAAGACCUAGGUCUUGAUUCACUAGACCAUGUAGAAGUUAUAAUGGCAAUGGAAGAUGAAUUUGGCUUUGAAAUCCCCGAUGGAGAUGCGGAGAGACUUCUAAGACCUAAAGACAUAGUCCAAUACAUUUGCGAUAAGGAAGACAUAUUUGAAUAA